AUGCCGUGCGGCGCCGUUGCAGGCGGCUCCUGGGAGGCGCUGGACUGCUGCGUGGUGCGCACGGCCGCGAGCACCUACCGGCGCCUGCCCCGGAGCCCCGCGCGCCGCGAUCCGUGGAGCCCCCAGACGUCGCUGCUGGGGCCGCCGCCGGGGCUGCUGGCGCCGCCGGUGCCCGCGGAGCUGCUGCCGAGCGCGCGGCACCUGCAGGUGGGCGACAAGCAGCGCGUCUUCACGGGCAUCGUCACCAGCCUGCACGACUACUUCGGCGUCGUGGACGACGAGGUCUUCUUCCAGCUCAGCGCGGUGAAGGGCCGCAUGCCGCAGCUCGGCGAGAAGGUGCUCGUGAAGGCGGCCUACAACCCGAGCCAGGCCGUGCCCUGGAACGCGCUCAAGGUGCAGACGCUCUCCAACCAGCCGCUGCUCAAGGCUCCUCUGCUGCACGUGGCCUCGCUGGGGCAGAAGCAGGGCAUCCUCGGGGCGCAGCCGCAGCUGCUCUUCCAGCCCCCCCGCAUCCCGCCGCUCUUCCCGCAGAAACCAGUGAACGUCUUUCCGGCGCCCCCGUCCCUCCCGCUGGGACACCUGGGGAGAUACCGGGGACCGAAGGGCCGGAGCGACUCCGGCAGGUGGGACGACUUCGACUCCAAGAAGCGGAAGCAGAAGGGAGCGGAGCCCUGGGCGGGGAAGAAGGCUCGGCACGAGCUGCCCCAGUACCGGGUGCACUUCGCCCGCUACGCCGUGGACAGCCCCUUCUGCGACGCCAUGGAGAUCCUGCGGCGCUACUGCAGCAUCCCGCUGCCGCACGGCUUCUACGACGUGCGCCUGUGCUGGCUGGCGGCCUUCCCACUGGCGCGGCCCCUCAGCCUGCAGCGGCGCAGCCGCAUCGUGCUGGCCGAGCCGCGGGCAGCGCCCGCCGAGGCGCCCGCGCCGCCCGACGCCCGCGCCGCCUUCAGCGCCAAGGUGCUGCUGCCCUCCUGGCCGGGCCUCGAGGAGCUUUACCGCACCUGCCUGUCCUACAUCGACGACUCCGGCGAGCAGAGGGAGGCUCCCGAGCACCCCACCAAGCAGAUCAAGUUCCUGCUGGGGAAGAAGGAGGACGAGGCCGUGCUCAUCGGCGGCGAAUGGUCCCCGUCGCUGGACGGCCCCGAUCCCGAGGCCGAUCCCAUGGUCCUCGUUCGCACGGCCAUCCGCUGCACCAAGGCCCAGGCUGGGCUGGACCUGAGCAACUGCACCAAGUGGGCCCGCUUUGCCGAGUUCAGGUACCUGCGCCAAGGAGAGCCGUCCCAGAGCGAGCUGGCGGUGGUUUUCCUGCCCGACGUGUGGGCCUGCAUGCCCUCCCUGCAGCAGUGGGAAGCGUGCCGGCCCCAGGCGCCCGCGUCGCCGCGGGACCCGCCGGCUGCCACGGAGACGGAGGCCGCCACGGAGGCCGAUCCCGAAGCCGCGGUGUCUCCGGAGCCGGCGCUCGUGGCGCGGCCACGUGCCCGGGACGCCUGCUCCAACAUCUCCCUGUUCGCCUUGCUGGAGUACCGCAGGCGCAGGGAAAAGCUCUCCUUCGAGGUGGCCGUGGUGGCGGAGCUCUUCCAGGAGAUGCUGCAGCGGGAUUUCGGCUACAAGCUCUACAAGGCGCUCCUGGCCUUGCCCGAGAAGGAAGAGGCGCCGGAGGGCAGGAACCCCGAGCUGGAAAGGGCCCCCGAGCCCGCGAAGGAGCCGCCUGCGGAGGCCGCUGUGGCCAGCGAGGAGGCCGAGCAGGUGGGUUCCCUGCGGUCCCCUCGUGGCCCCGCAGCCCGACCCCUUCCCAGGCUCUCAUCGUGUCCUGGCCCUGCUCAGCCCCCUCCCAAAAGCGAGCCUAGGAGCACGGAGGCAGAGAGGCCGGCGGGCAGCGAGGCAGCCCCGGCGGGCGGAGAGCAGGAGAGGAGCCCAAGUGAGUGCAAAGGAGAUGCCAAAGACUCUGCGGGUGAGCUGUGCGUGCUGAGCCUGGGGGACGGCCUGCUGCUGCUGCCGGAGGAGGAAGAGGAGGAGUUCGGUGCCAAGCUGGAAGAUGCUGAAGUGAGAUCCACGGCGUCCAACCAGUCAGAGAUGGAGUUCUCCUCCCUCCAAGAUGUGCCCAAGGACCUGGAUCCGAGCGCCGUCCUCCCCCUGGAUGCUCUCCUGGCCUUCGUCUACUUCGAUUCCAACUUCUGCGGCUACCUGCACCGCAGGGACCUGGAGAAGAUCCUGCUCACGCUGGGGCUGCAUCUCUGCAAAGAGCAGGUGAGGGGCCUGGUGAACCGCGUGGUGACGCAGUACGCCUGCCAGUACCGCAGCCUCCGCUACGGCCGCCACGAGGCCGCGGAGGCCGGCGGCCCCGAGGAGCAGCAGCUCGGAAACCUCCCUCUGCUGCCUCCCGCGCGGCCCCCGGCCGAGGUGUCGGCGGCCGCGGAGCAGGGCGGGCUGGUCUGCCACAAGGGCACGGUGCUCAACGUGGGGAGGCUGCUGGAGCAGGCGGAGCAGGCGGAGAGCAGCCGCCUCUACCUGGAGGGCAGGAUCCACGCGCUGGAGGCCAAGCUGGAGGAGAGCGAGAGCCGCCUGUCGGGCGCCGAGUCGAGCGGGACGGCGCUGGCGGCCGAGCUGCGCGAGCUGCAGCGGCGCCUGGCCGAGGCCGAGGAGCAGGCCCGCGCGGCCGAGCGGCAGAAAUGCCACCUGCAGCGGCUCCUGCAGGAGCACCGAACGCGCCUGGCCCCCGUGCAGCUGGAGAUCCAGAGCCUCCUCGAGAAGACCGACAACUGCUUAGACCAGGACGUGGCCUCCUCCAAGUGAUGCCUGCUGCGCCCGCGGGCACCGGCGGCCUCGUCGGCGCCGGGGCUGCCUGCGCCUCCUCGCCGCAGCGGUGCCGGAGCGGCGCCCGCGCCGCGGGGCGCGCCGCCAUCUGCUCUGGCUAGUCACUCCCAGUUCGUGGGAGCCUCUUAGGUAGGAAACGGGGCAGCCCCGUGUGUGGCUGCUGGAGCCAGGGCUUGGGCUCCCUUGGUGCUCCGUAGGUGGCCUCACGAGGGAGGGACAGGCUCGUUUUCAUAGGACAGAGGACCCAAAAGGGACUGGCUGGGGCUGGCACUGUCCUGUGGCCCCGGCAGCUGCGCUCCCCGAUGCCCCGCGAGGGUCCCUUGAGAGCAGCAGCUCUCGGUUCCCCGCGUGGAGCCCCCCGGGCCAGCUCUGCA